UCCCAUUUGGGUCAUGCCAGGAGCGCAAAAUGUUCCCUCUGCAGCGUGGCACAUCCAGGCUGGCAGUGCAGCUGCCAGCCGUGGGGGGAGACCCCUGGCUUGGGCCAGCCUCUUACCUGGGUCAGGAGGAGAGCAGCCUUUGGUACUCGUGGGGAAGGAGACCCCUGAGCAAGAGAGGCUACGUGAUAGGAGCAAGGACAGCUCAGCGCUUCGCACCCCGGCUGCAGGUUGUGACUCCUGCCCCAGCAAGCUACCAACCCUUCUGGAACAGAGAGAGGAGAUUCCAGCCUGCCUUUGCUCCAUUUGCCACCAAGGCACCACGAUUCCCAGCCAAGCCUUCAGAGAAAGAACUAUUCCCUGGGCCUGGAACUUAUGAUGUGGGCAAACAACUGCACAAGAAAGUCACCUGGCCCAUGAAGUUUGGGUCUCCAGACUGGUCCUUAGUGCCAAUGCCAGCCAAGAGGAUGCUAAAGAUGGAGGUACAGAAGCUGACCAUAGACAGAGCAUUCAGGAAGAACCAGGACCGAGUUGCCUACCUGAGCCUCUACUACAGCUGAGCAGCUGAGGCUGCUGCCUCGCAGCCUCCUUCCCACAGGGCAGCUCAGGCUUUGCCUCCACUUCCCACUCCACUGCUCCCUCCCCAGGCUCUCCAAAUAAAACCCCUGCAAACCUGUUUCUUGCCUUUAAUUGUCCUCACCUGCUAGCACGACAGACAUCCAACUCUCCUGAGGGUGUUUGUGUGCCCUGGCACCUGUGCACUGCUGCCCUCAGCCCUGCUUCCAUCACCCACACUGAGCUGGCAGCCUUCUCCUUUGGGCUGCCAUGGACCCUGCACCUCACUGCCCUCCCUUCCUUGACACAGGAGGCUUCCCCCCAAAAAAAAACCAACCCUCCCCUCCCUGUCCAAAUAAAACCACUGC